AUGAGUAUGCUAGGAGAACUUACAUUGUUUCUUGGUCUCCAUAUCAGUCAACUGAAGGAAGGGAUAUUUAUCUCACAGGCCAAAGACGUGAAGGAGAUGUUAAAAAGGUUCUCUAUGGAAGAUUGUAAACCAGUGUGUACCCCUAUGAUGACAAGUUGCAAGCUGAGUAAGGAAGAUAAUUCACCAUCAGUAGACCACACUUUGUAUCGGUCUAUGAUUGGCAACCUCUUAUACUUGACAGCAUCAAGACCAGAUAUAUUGCAGGCUGUGUGCAUGGUAGCAAGAUUUCAGGCUGAUCCCAAGCAAAGUCACGUUGCUGCAGUAAAUCGGAUAUUUCGAUAUCUUAGAGGUACUGUAGAGCAUGGGUUAUGGUACCCAAAUAGCAAGUCCUUUGACUUGAAGGCCUACUCAGAUGCAAAUUGGGCAUGCUGUGUUGAUGAGAGGAAGAGCACCAAUGGCGGUGCAUUCUACUUGGGUAAUAGCUUGGUUGCAUGGCAUAGCAAGAAGCAAGAGUCCGUUUCACUGUCUAUAGCUGAGGCGGAGUAUUUGCAGCGUCGACAUGUUGUACACAGAUCCUCUGGAUGA